UCGCGGGCGCCGGGCGGCGGGGCGGCAGGAGCUGGAGGACCUGGCCGCGGGCCACGUUUGGCCAGACUGUUGGAGCAGGUGGCAGUGGGGGCUGGCGGCCCGGUGUGCCUCCCGCGCCCACCCCAGGUCUUCCCGCGCGAGUCUCUCCUCCACCGCCACCCCGCCCAGCCUCUCACCAGCUCCCUGGUCAGGACCCCCACACCAGGCCCGGCCUUGCUGCGUCCCCCCGUCCCACUGCCUGCCUGCUGGCCUCCGGCCUUCCUUCCAAGAGACUUGUGCUGAGUUAGGAGCUGAUCCUCAGGGGGUGGUGGGCCCCCUGCACCCCCAUCCUCCAGCCUGUGUGAAGCCCAGGACCAUCGGGGCGUCUGGGGACGAGGUCAAACCUUUCAAGCUUCGGGAGGCCUGGGACUCCUCCUGGGAGGAUUUAAGAGUGAAGACCAGCGGCCCCGGCAGCAGCCCCCCCGGGGUGCUCUGGGCAUGGCCUCGGGAGCCCCACAGCAGAACAGCCAGACGGCAGAGGAGACCCCCGGCUUCCUGGACGCGCUUCUCCGUGACUUCCCGGCCCCGCUGGGUCCGGAGAGCCCUUUGCCAUGGAAGGUCCCGGCGACGGUGCUGAGCCAGGAGGAGGUGGAGGGUGAGCUGGCCGAGCUGGCACUGGGCUUCCUGAGCAGCAGGAGUGCGCCGCCGCUACUUGCCGCCUGCCUGGCCCACGAGGCCGUUUCCCGGCUGCUGCAGACGGACCUUUCCGAGUUCAGGAAGUUGCCGGAGCAGGAGGAGGUGGAAGAGGAUGGCGACGAGAAGGAGGCCCCUGUGACUCUGCUGGAUGCCACGGGCCUGGCGCGGAGCCUCUUCGCCCAUCUCUGGGAAACGUGCAGCCGGUGGCAGAAGCAGGUGCCCGUGGCGGCCCGGGUCACGCCGCGGCCGUGGCUGGUCUCCGUGCACGCCAUCCGCAACGCCCGCCGCAGGAUGGAGGACCGGCACGUGUGCCUCCCGGCCUUCAACCCGCUCUUCGGCCUGUCGGACUCUGUGGACCGCGCCUACUUUGCCGUGUUCGACGGGCACGGAGGGGUGGACGCCGCGAGGUACGCGUCUGUGCACGUGCACGCCAUCGCUGCCCGACGGCCGGAGCUGCCCACUGACCCUGCGGGGGCCCUGCGAGCAGCCUUCCGCUGCACCGACGAGAUGUUCCUCUGGAAAGCCAGGCGAGAGCGGCUGCAGAGCGGCACCACGGGGGUGUGUGCGCUCAUCGUGGGGGGCACCCUGCACGUGGCCUGGCUCGGGGACUCCCAGGUGGUGCUGGUGCGGCAGGGGCAGGUGGUGAAGCUGAUGGAGCCACACAGACCCGAGCGGCAGGACGAGAGGGACCGCAUCGAGGCGCUGGGCGGCUUCGUGUCCCACAUGGACUGCUGGAGGGUCAACGGGACCCUGGCCGUCUCCAGAGCCGUCGGGGAUGUCUUCCAGAAGCCCUACGUGUCUGGGGAGGCGGACGCGGCCUCACGGGAGCUGACGGGCUCCGAGGACUACCUGCUGCUGGCCUGCGAUGGCUUCUUCGACGUGGUCCCCCACCAGGAGGUGGCCGGCCUCGUGCGGAGCCACCUGGCUGGGCAGCAAGGCAGCGGGCUGCACGUGGCCGAGGCGCUGGUGGCUGCUGCCCGGGAGCGGGGCUCCCAUGACAACAUCACAGUCCUGGUGGUCUUCCUCCGGGACCCCCGAGACCUGCUGGAGCCAGAGACUGACGCCCCGCCGCGAAGCUCGGAGGUCCGGGGCCCCUGCCCCCGUGCUCCUCCCCCAUGGAUGCCUUAGGCCCCGGCAGGAGGGGGCAGGCGACGCCACCCACACCGCGCUUCCCCCACGGCCUCUGGCCCAGCUUGCGUCGCCCCGUCCUGGUGGCUGCCGGGGGCGUGGUGCCCUGCUCUUGGCAGACAGUGGGACGACCGUGGGAUGGCGGGAAGCCCGAGAAAGAGACCUCAUGGGGAGAAGGAGCCCGGGAAGUGGACAGGCUCUGGACCCCAUCAGGCGGGGUGGGACCGGAGGCUUCGGGCGGCAGCCGCCGUCAGACCAAAGACACUGGGCGUGCAUGUGGGGUAGCAGGACGCUGCGUGGGGGACCCUCGGGCAGAACCAGGAGCCACAGACAUUUUCAAGCUCCCUGGGCAUCCAGCAAAGGUCUCCCAUGUGCCCCUCACUGCCCGUCAUUGGGAGGGCUUGUGUGAACAGACGUGCCCGGUGGGUCCUGGUGCUUGGUGGGUCCUGGCCGAGCUGAGUGGCUUCCCGAGUGAGGGAGGGUGACCCCGUGCAGAAGAGAAGGGGCUCCAGAGGUCUGAUCUGCGGUGCCCACUGGUGACCUCUGUGGUCCCCGCUCGCCCCUCGUGCACCAGGGAGGGGACUCUCAGACAAAGACGCGUGUGUCUUGUUUGUGGUCUUUUUUUUCCAGGGAAAAGUCUAAUUCAGAAGCAGUAUUUCAGGUUUUGUCCCUGUUCUGUCAGUGCCAAGAGGACCCGUUGUGUCAUGUAACUUAAGCAGAGCUCAGCAUUUAUCCUGUUCCUUAGAAAAGUUAAGUAUUGAUUUUUUUUUUUUUUUGGAGUGACUUCUUAUGCAGUAUUACUAGAUUUUUUUUUCCCUAAAUCAGGAUGGAAACACACACUUUUCCAGGUGGUGUAAAUAAGCCAUUCAAGUGCCUUAAACAGCUUUAGGCAAGGCUGGAACUGCCGGGCCUGUGACGCGUUCCGAUAGCAUGUUCCGGUUUUUACAAAAGCAGGAUUUAUUUUGUCAGGGUGGCAUGAUUUCGGCCAGAUUUCUUCCCGGAAGAGUUCUUUCUGCCUUUGCGAUGUGCCGAUGAGCGUGUGGCCCGGGCCGGACCACGGGGCUCCGGAGUCGGGGUGACCGUGGCCCUCCUGCCGCCCGGCCCUGCCGCUCACGGCCCUGACUGGACCCCAGGCUGAGGGACUCAGCUUCGCCAGUGGGCGGGUCCUUGCUGCUGUUUGGAAUGUUUCAGAAGGUCUUGUGUGUUGGUGGUUGAAUUGGUUUCGUCAGGAAACACACCUAAGGGGCUGUGCAAGGCCGAGGCAGCCUGGGGGUCUCUGGCUGUGUUGCGAGGCAGGGGGGAUGCCACUGGGAGUCUGUCCUCUGCCCCUGGGUGGUGGCCUCCACCGCCUUGCUCUUCCCACAGCCCGCCUGCCUGUCUCAUCGAGUGGGUGUGGAGUUGGAUGCAGAGCGUGGGGCCAGGGCUCCAGGCAGAGGUCAGGGCCCAGGGAGAGGGGUCUCUGGUAGGAGGACCUGGGCUCCCCAUGGUGGGCAGGCUGCCCCAGGCGGAAGCUGGCAGGUCUGGGAAGGGCAGUGGGUGGCUUAGCUGAGGUCUUAGAGACUGUCACUGGGGGGGACUUGGCGCCGGGCCCCCCAGGCCACGGUCCUGUGGAGGCGGUCAGGGCCCCCCUGCAGCCGCAGGGCCCAGGGCGGGCUGUGCAGGGCGCACGCGGAUCCCAGCUGCACCGAGGGAGCCUCCGCUCUCCGCACCCAGGGAAGCGGGGGCCAUGAGAGCCCCUCCUCAGGCCGGUCCUGCGGGAAGGCAGGGGGUGCACCCCCUGCAGCCUCAGCGUUUCCCCCUCUCCCAGCAGGGCUGAAGUGGCUGAGAGCACGCGGCCAGUGCCUCCCUCAGGGGCUCGUGGUAGGAAGCACCUUAAGCGUGCUCACUGUGAUUCAGAGAGACUUCGGUGGCCAGGUGACCAGGUGUUCCUGUAGCUAACCUGAAGGCCCUGCCUUCUGGGAGCCGGGUGCCCCCUCGUCGGCCCCUCCCAGCACAGGGAUCAGCCAGCCCUCAGGUUGUGGUGGGGGGUCAAGGGACCCCUGUCCUCUCACCUCGGGAGGCUGGCCUCGUGGGACCCCUGGGCACAGAGCCAUCCUCCCCUCUGGACGAGGCACCUUCGGCCUCCGAGACUCCUGGCCCGCUUCCUCUUCAGGUCACAGUCCCAAGAGGGCCCCUAGCGGGGAACACUGGUCUGGAAACCUCGGUCCCCUUUCUCAAGCCCCAGCUUUGUCCGUGGGUCGUUGUCUGUGCAUCCCUGGGCCUCGGUGUCCCCUCUGUAGGGCACAGGGUUGCACUGGGUCUGUAGCAGCCACUGGAAUUCUGGAGGCGCGGGGGCUCCUGGGCGAGCCAGGGCGUCCUGGGGAGAUGCUGCCGGGCUGAGGGCGCUCUCCCCCGGCCCCACCGCCCGCCGGGAGGGGUGACUGAGUAUUAUUAGUGUCUAUUCUUAACACGAAGUGGGCUACUGAUGCCAGCGCCUUCCUUAUGCGGAAGAGCCGGAGCAGCUGAGCCCUGCUUUCACAGGUGGGGCUGCUCCCAGCCAGCGGUGGGGGGGAGAGGGGGAGUCCUACAAGGGGCAAACGCAGCCUCCAGGACUUGGAACCGGUGCGUUUA